ACUGAACGGAUCAGCAGCGCGGGAGUUUUUCAUAACAGCAUGUUUUCAGAGGAAGUGUGUUGAAUAACUUGACCUGCAUAGACAUGGAUGCCGAUAAAAGUGACACAUGUUUAAAGACGAUGCAACUUUUACAGGAAAGGACACCACCUCAGGAGCCUGGGAUGGAUGGACCCGUGCGUCGGACGUCCCGGCGGAUCAGAGAGAAACAAAACCAAGAAAAUAAACAAAAUUUGCCCCCAAACUGUCUGACAUUUAAAAAUGACAGAGAGGAAGAAGAAACUAUUCAAGAGACACGAAUAAAGCAUGAUAUGCAAUCUCUUCCAGUAAGUACAAACACUGCAUCAAAUGCUGAGUGUCCACCUGAACGGCAGAAUCCACCUUUUCUUUGUCAUCUCAAACAGGCUCACCGUGAGGGUUUGUCUGAAUAUGAGCUGGAGCGGCUGGAGAAUAUCAGACAGAACCAGGCCUUCCUCAGUUCCCUUAAGUUACCUCAGAUUUCUGAACAUCUGAGACCCAAGCCAAAACCUACUCAGAAAGGCCUGAAAAGGGAAAAGACAGAAACAGAGAUGCUCCCUGUUCGGAAGUCACUGCGGAUACAGAAUAAGGGUCCUCAGACAGCCAUUACUCUAGAAAUGACUUCUUCUGCAGCCAGAGAGCCGGAAGAAAAAGCAAAAAAAGCCCAAGGACCAAUACCACUUGAUCCAAUUAACCUGGAUGAACAUGUCAGGCUGCCUGAAGAUUUGAUAAAUCUCUGGAAUGAGGUCCCAUUAGAACAAGAAACAGGAAUGUCAGAUUUGAAAUCGUACCAACAAAUGUUGCAGAAAUUAUCUAUCAAUGACGAUUUUGUGGUGAAAGUUGUGAAAGAUCGGAUCUGUUCUGCAGCUUUUCACCCCUCUUCUUCCAACUUGCUCAUGGCAGCAGGAGACAAGUCAGGCCAUGUGGGACUCUGGAAGCCGGAUGCUGAAUGGGGCGAUGAUGGUGUAAUCUACUUUGAGCCCCACUCUCGUGCAGUUACCAGCAUGGCCUUCUCAUCUCACCCUUGCAAUCUUAUCACAGUAAGCUUUGAUGGCUCUGCACGCAGCAUGGACCUGGAGAAAGCAGUGUUUGGUGAGAUGUACCGCUCACCCUCUGGCCUGAAAAGUUUUGACUUUCUGUCAACCAACUGCUCUACUUUACUACUCGGUGUAUGGAAUGGGGAUGUUGCCGUCGUUGAUCGUCGAACUCCUGAGAAGUUACAUGAAUCUCUGUAUACCAUGGCUGCAAAUCCACUGCGCUGUGUUCAUGUCCACCCUGUGCAACAACAUUACUUUGUAGUGGCAGAGAGCAGUUUUGUGAACGUAUAUGACUUGCGCCAUCUGAAAAGAAGAAACAAUCAAGCAGUUGGUGAACUCAAGGGUCACAGCCACAGCGUAUCCAGUGCCUUUUUCUCCCCACUCACAGGCAGCAGAGUUCUGACCACUUGUAUGGACAACAAGAUCAGGGUAUUCGACACUUCCCAAAUGAAUGGCAGGACUCCUGUACUAAAAUCAAUUACGCACAACAUGCAGACAGGUCGGUGGCUGUCCAAGCUAAGUGCAGUGUGGGAUCCAAAGCAGCAAGAAUGUUUUGUGACUGGCAGUGUGGACAGGCCUCGCCAAAUUCAGGUAUAUCACGAGAGCGGCCGCCUUCUUCACACUUUUCGAAACAUGGACCACCUGACCACGGUGUGCUCCAUCACAGCAUUCCACCCAAACAGGAACAUUCUGCUUGGAGGCAAUUCAAGUGGGAGGCUGCACAUAUUUACUGACUCUUUCAUCAACCAGAAAAUAUCCAUUUCUUUACCCGUUUGUUGAUUCGAUUCCCUCUUUUGCCUUUUCUGUACACCAAACAACAUUUGCUUGUACUGUUGUUUUAUAUAAAUGCUGUUGUGUUAU